UCUCCAUUUUCUCUCUCUCUCUCUCUCUCUCCAAACUCCAAAGUCCAAGCCUUCAACUGAGAUCUAGGCGCUGCACUCAACUAUCCUUCUCAAAUGGACCAGGGGCGGACCUCAAGUCCCGUUUACCCACGCAAAUGGAGCAGCGAAUCUAGCGCCACCCCCACUACCACCGCCGUUUCUUCAUCUCCGGUCAUGUCUCCGGGACGUUAUCACCAUUCCCGUUCAUCCUCCACUACUGGCAUUUCGAACAUUAAGCGCAAUCAAAACGUCGCCGCCAAAGCUGCAGCUCAACGUCUCGCCCAGGUCAUGGCUUCUCAGGCUACUGACAUUGACGCCGACGACGACGACGAUGACGAUGAUCUUGACUUCCGAUUUGCUCCCCCCUCUAUAAACAGGAGGCCUCCCGUUAAUGCUAACAAAGUUACAACUGCCAAAGCUGCUGCUACUGCUACCAGGCCUUCCAUUCCAUCUGCUACUAGCAAUAAUAAGAUCACCGGAUCCCCUUCACCUUCGCUAGUAGGUAGGAGCAUUGUUGAGGAAAGCCAGGCACCAAUGGCAAUAACAUUGACUGGAAGGCCAUCAAAAACAAAUAAUAGCAUGCUGCCAUCAAGCAAAACAUCUUUGAGGACCCCGAUUGCUAUACCUCCUAUUGAUCCUCCAACCAACAAACAAAAAGACAAAAGAUUUCAGUUGGAAAUAGGAGAAAUUAACUUGAAAAAUGCAGGAGACAGGCGAGAAGCUUCUGCACUUCGUGAUGAACUUGAUAUGCUACAAGAAGAGAAUGACAAUGUCCUUGAGAAGCUCAGGUUUGCUGAAGAAAGUUGUCAGGAUGCAGAGAUGAGGGUUAAGGAGCUUGAGAAGCAGGUGGCUGCUCUUGGUGAAGGAAUAUCUUUGGAAGCGAAAUUGUUAAGCAGGAAGGAAGCUGCAUUGCGCCAAAGAGAGGAUGCACUGAAAGAGGCCAAAAAAGCUAAAGAUGGAGUUAACGAACAAGUUGUAUCCCUUCGCUCUCAAGUUAAGAAAGCAAAAGAUGAGGGUGCAGGUGUUGUGGAACAACUUGAGGGAAUUGAGUCUGAAGUUAAAGCACUUCAGUCCAUGACACAAAGGAUGGUUUUGAGUCAGAGUGAGAUGGAGGAAGUAGUACUUAAGCGGUGCUGGCUUGCACGCUACUGGGGUUUAGCCGUGCGACAUGGCAUUUGUGGUGAUAUUGCGGUGUCUAAGCAUGAGUAUUGGUCAUCUUUGGCACCUCUUCCCUUUGAAGUUGUGGUUUCAGCUGGCCAAAAGGCAAAGGAAGAAUGCUGGGAAAAAGGCGACGAGAAUCUGGAAAGGAGGAGCAAGGUUGUCGGGGACUUGAAUGAUUUAACAAGCGAAGGGAAUAUUGAGAGUAUGCUCUCUGUUGAAAUGGGUUUGAAGGAGCUUUCUUGCUUGAAGGUUGAAGAUGGCAUUGUGCUUGCACUGGCCCAACUGCGCCGUCUAAACUCUGCUCGCCUCACUAUGUCUAUAUCAGAUGCCAAGUCUUCUGGCGACCCAAAGUUUAUGGAGGCAUUUGAAUUGAGCCCAGAGGAGUCUGAAGAUGUUCUCUUCAAAGAGGCAUGGCUUACAUAUUUUUGGAGUAGAGCCAAAGGCCAUGGUAUUGAGGAGGAAACCGCUAAGUCACGGCUUCAAUUUUGGAUUAGCCGCAGUGCACAUUCGCCCACCUCACAUGAUGCGGUUGAUGUUGAGCAAGGGUUGAUGGAGCUAAGAAAAUUAGGUAUUGAGCAUCGCCUCUGGGAAGCAUCAAGGCCAGGAAGUUGAGAUAUAACAUCAGUGCAAACCAUACCAAAAAAACGUUCAACAUUGGAAUCUUAAUAGAGAUGUUUUAUUCUUUGAUAAUAUAGUAACAAGAAAGUCACGUUCCUUAGAGUUGAUUAACCUAGUUAUGGAUCUUAAAUGAGG